UCUUUCAACAGCAGCAACAGUUAUUCAGCCACCUCGGUAGCUUGCUAGACAAAAUAGACGAACCAAUAACGCUCUUUAGACGCUUAAGUGUAUAUUAGCCACUGUAUUUUAAAACCACUACUGUCGUCUAGUUAGUUAUCCGUUUUAAUUUAAUAUUUACGGUAUUGUUUUUAUUAUUCAUCUAGCGGGCUGGUUAAGUUAGCAUUAGCCUAGCUAGCUAACAUCUCCAACCAUGAGGUCACUAAGCUACUCUCUUGUUAAUGAAGAGGAGGUCUGCUGGACGGAGAAAGAAGCUCUCGUCAAAGAGGAGAAGGAAGAGGAGGUUAUCACAGUAAAACAAGAAGUAGAGAGUGAGGCUGUUACAGUGAAAAAAGAAGAGAAAGACGUUUCAGUGAAAGAAGAAGAAGACGCGUUCAGAUUGGAAGAGGAUGUUACAGUAAAAGAAGAGGAGGAAGAGAAAGAGGAGGAUGCAGUUUUUGGAGUGAAAGAGGAGGGGGAGAUUACUGUCACAUCGAAAAAGGAGGAGGAGGAAGAAGAGGAGGAAACUGGAUUUCUGGGCUCGGUUUCCCAAACGCAUCUUAAGGCAUCCAAUGGUUCUAACGAUGAACGGGCCCUGGUUAACACAAGAGAGAGACGUGACUAUCGUGGAUCCUCUGGGGAGCCUCAACAACCUCAUGAUGCUGACAAGGCAGAGAAGAGUCUCUCCACAUUAGAACACCUCAAGAAAUACCAGCAGAGACCCACAGGGAAGAGAACUCACUGCUGCUUUGACUGUGGGAAGAGAUUUGCCUCAUCAACGGGCAUUAAAAUUCAUCAGAGAAUCCACACAGGAGAGAAACCUUUUAGCUGUACUCAAUGUGGGAAGAGUUUUACUCAAUCAGCAAGCCUGAUAUCACACCAGAGAACACACACAGGAGAGAAACCUUAUAACUGUGCUCAAUGUGGGAAGAGUUUUACUCGUUCAACCAUUCUGAAAUCACACCAGAGAACACACACAGGAGAGAAACCUUAUAGCUGUGAUGAAUGUGGGAAGAGUUAUGUUACAUCUAGCAGUCUGACUAAACACCGGAGAACACACACAGGAGAUAAACCUUAUAACUGUGAUGAAUGUGGAAAGAGAUUUGUUACAUCUAACAGUCUGAUUAAACACCGGAGAACACACACAGAAGAGAAACCUUAUAGCUGUGCUCAAUGUGGGAAGAGCUUUAUUCAGUCUAGCUGUCUGACUAAACACCAGAGAACACACACAGGAGAGAAGCCUUUUAGCUGUAAUCAAUGUGGGAAGAGGUUUACUCAGUCAUCCAGCCUGAAAUCACACAGUAGAACACACACAGGAGAGAAACCUUAUAGCUGUGCUCAAUGUGGGAAGAGUUUUACUCGUUCAACCAUUCUGAAAUCACACCGUAGAACACACACAGGAGAGAAAUCUUAUAGCUGUGCUCAAUGUGGGAAGAGCUUUACUGAGUCUAGCUGUCUGACUAAACACCAGAGAACACACACAGGAGAGAAGCCUUUUAGCUGUAAUCAAUGUGGGAAGAGUUUUACUCAAUCAACCGGCCUGAUAUCACACCAGAGAACACACACAGUUGAGAAACCUUAUAGCUGUCAUGAAUGUGGGAAGAGAUUUGUUACAUCUAACAGUCUGACUAAACACCGGAGAACACACACAGGAGAGAAACCAUAUAGCUGUUCUCAAUGUGGGAAGAGCUUUACUGAGUCUAGCUGUCUGACUAAACACCAGAGAACACACACAGGAGAUAAGCCUUUUAGCUGUAAUCAAUGUGGGAAGAGGUUUACUCAGUCAACCAGCCUGAAAUCACACCGUAGAACGCACACAGGAGAGAAACCUUAUAGCUGUGCUCAAUGUGGAAAGAGUUUUACUCGUUCAACCAGCCUGAAAUCACACCGUAGAACACACACAGGAGAGAAAUCUUAUAGCUGUGCUCAAUGUGGGAAGAGCUUUACUGAGUCUAGCUGUCUGACUAAACACCAGAGAACACACACAGGAGAGAAGCCUUUUAGCUGUAAUCAAUGUGGGAAGAGUUUUACUAAGUCAACCAGCCUGAUAUCACACCAGAGAAAACACACACAGGAGAAAUCUUAUAGCUGUGCUCAAUGUGGGAAGAGUUUUACUACAUCUAGCAAGUGGACUACAAACCAUAUAACACAUACAGGAGAGAAAUCUCAGCUGUGGUCAGUGUGACCAGAGAUAAUCUGAUAAAAUACCUCUGAUCAAACAUCAGAAAAUACAUACAUGAAGGACAGAAAACUUAUAGCUGUGAUCAAUGUGGGAAGAGUUUUUGUCAAUCUAGCGAUCUGACAGUGCACCAGUGAACACACACAGGAGAGAAACCUCAUUGCUGUGACCAGAGAUAAUCUGAUAAAAGAUCUCUGAUCAAAUAUCAGAAAAUACAUGCAGAAAAUACAUGAAGGAGUUGUUUCAUGAUAUCAAUGAAUUAAUGUCACAAUGUAGAAUGUUUUAACAUUGUAGGAAGAGUAUUUUAAUGAUGUCAAAAUGUAGAAUGUUUUAACAUUGUAGGAAGAGUAUUUUAAUGAUGUCAACAUGUAGAAUGUUAACACAUUGUAGUAGGAGUAUUUUAAUAUUGUCACAAUGUAGAAGCCUAAACGUGUGUCCCCUGUUCUAUUGAUUUCAUUAUGAUAUGGAUAUUAGCCUCAGGGGGAAAUCCAGGCUCUGAAUUGAAAGAGUACUAUUUAUGAGAUUUAACAUUUACAUUUAAGUCAUUUAGCAGACGCUCUUAUCCAGAGCGACUUACAAAUUGGUGCAUUCACCUUAUGACAUCCAGUGGAACAGCCACUUUACAAUAGUGCAUCUAAAUCUUUUAAGGGG